AGGACCACCAGCGCGCUACAGCUCCCCAGUGAGUUCUCCUGCCUUGUUGUUCAGAGAGCCGGAUCAGUCGUAGGUCCGUUCCUCCAUGAGACCGUCGAACGGUCAGACCAUGGGUGGUACUACAAAAUAUAUGUCUCCUCAGGCUCUGGGCACUCUCAGUUCCUUGCUUCCCCUGAUGCUUGUGCUCUGCUCCCUUGUCCAUGCAUCAUUAGGUGCUACGUCACUCCGAAAGGAUUCUAGCACCGACUUCCAUGCUCUCCGCUGCCUUAAACUCCAUCUCAGCACUACUGCUGGACCCCUAGCUUCGUGGAAGAACGAUUCACUGCAGUUCUGCGGUUGGUCCGGUGUUACUUGGAGCAAGAGACACGUGUCUCGUGUCGUUGCGCUGGACCUCGAGUCGUUUAAUCUCGAUGGCCAAAUACCUGCUUGCAUUGGCAACCUCACUUUCCUCACAAGAAUGCACGUCCCCAACAAUCAACUCAGUGGUCAAAUUCCACCUGAAAUUGGCCAACUAAAUCGGUUGCGGUACCUUAACCUCAGCUCAAACUAUCUUAGUGGAGUGAUCCCAAGCACUCUGUCUUCAUGCUUUCACCUUCAAAUUGUUGAUCUUGGAAGCAACUCCCUUGAUGGAGUGAUCCCCCAAAGCCUGAGCCAAUGUUCAGAUAUGCGGCAGCUCAACUUGGGUCACAACAAGCUCAGUGGAGGUAUCCCGCAAGGAUUGGGGAUGCUCCGCAACUUCUCAGUUCUACAUCUUGCUACAAAUAGUCUGACGGGCAACAUUCCAACUACACUUGGAAGCAGCUCUUCUCUUCGCUCUGUUGUUCUUGUGAACAAUAGCCUCACUGGACAGAUCCCACCUCUCCUCGCUAAUAGUUCAUCCCUUCAACUUCUGGACUUAACAAACAAUCGCAUGAGCGGGGAGAUACCUUCUGCGUUGCUUAACAGCAUGUCGCUUCAAAAAUUAUCACUAGGAAUGAACAACUUUGUCGGGUCCAUACCAGCUUUGUCGAACAUUGGCCCACCCUUGCAAUAUCUUAAAUUGCAAUCAAACAAUCUUUCUGGCACCAUACCUUCUUCUUUAGGGAUUUUUUCUUCGCUUCGCUACCUCUUGCUUGGAGAUAAUAAUUUCCAUGGUAGAAUCCCAAUGAGUAUAGGCAAUAUUCCGUACCUGAGAGUACUAGAUCUCACUUAUAAUUCUUUGUCUGGGACAGUCCCUGACACUCUUUACAACAUAUCAUCACUUACAUACCUUGGCAUGGGUAUGAACAUACUUGUAGGGGAAAUUCCAUAUAACAUCGGGUAUACCCUUCCAAACAUCCACACUUUGAUCAUGCAAGGAAACAACUUCACAGGACAAAUCCCCAUUUCAAUAGCCAACACAACCAAUCUUCACGUGAUCAACCUCCGCGACAAUUCAUUUCAUGGUAUUGUUCCUUCUUUUGGGACUCUUCCUAGUCUAGUAGAUCUGAAUCUAGGCUGGAACCAACUUCAAGCAGGAGAUUGGUCUUUCUUAUCCUCAUUGACUAAUUGCACACAACUGGAGAAGUUGCGCUUGGAUGCAAACAACCUUGAGGGUGUCUUGCCCAAUUCCAUUGCAGGCCUUUCAAAGAGCUUAGAGUUAUUGUUAUUAAGAUCAAAUAGAAUAUCUGGCACUAUACCUUUGGAGAUACAGUACUUGACAAGCCUCAGACGUCUUUACAUGGAACGAAAUUUGCUUACUGGAAAUCUUCCUGAAUCAGUUGGAAAUCUUUCCAACUUGUUUGUCUUAAGCUUGUCUCAGAACAAACUUUCCGGAUCAAUUCCACUUUCUGUCGGUAAACUGAGUCAACUGAGUGAGCUCUAUUUACAGGAAAAUAAUUUUAGUGGCCCUAUCCCAGGAGCUUUAGCAGGUUGCAAGAAGUUAGAAAAACUAAACCUCUCUUGUAACAGCUUUGAUGGGAGAAUACCAAAGGAGUUGUUUUCUCUUCCCUCCCUUUCCCAGGGUUUGGACUUGUCCCACAACCAACUCUCUGGACAGAUACCUCCGGAGAUUGGCAGCCUGAAAAAUCUUGGGCCACUGAAUAUUUCCCAUAAUCAACUGUCUGGACAAAUACCCCCCACUCUAGGUCAGUGCGUCCAUCUGGAGUCCCUCCACAUGGAGGGUAACCUCUUUCAUGGGAAAAUCCCUCACUCCUUCAUAAGUUUGGGAGGCAUCAUUGAGAUGGAUCUAUCUCAAAACAAUUUAUCAGGUGAAAUCCCUGACAUCUUUAAGUUCUUUAAGUCUAUGAAGCUUCUCAAUUUGUCCUUCAACAAUCUCGAGGGUCCUGUACCAGCAGAUGGAAUAUUUCAGAAUGGAAGAAAGGUUUUUAUUCAAGGGAACAUGAAGUUAUGUACCAGCACGCGAUUGCUACAGGUGCCAUUUUGCAAUGCAGAGGCAUCCAAACAAAGGAAUAGCUCCAGCAUUCUCAAGAUAGUAGGAUUUACAGUUCUUUCUUUGGUCCUGUUAUCAUGCUUUGCAACCAUUAUUUUCAAGAAGAAAAAGAACUUCAAACAAGCAGCUCAUCCAUCCUCCAAAGAGUUGAAGAAGUUCACAUAUGCUAAUUUAAUGAGGGCAACAAAUGGUUUCUCAUCAGAUAACUUGAUCGGUUCAGGAAAAUAUGGGUCUGUGUACAGAGGUAGAAUUGAAUCUGAAGAACAUGAAGUUGCCAUCAAAGUUUUCAAACUCAAUCAACUCGGAGCACCAAAAAGCUUCAUUGCUGAGUGUGAAGCAUUGAGAAAUACUCGUCACAGGAAUCUUAUAAGGGUGAUUACUGCAUGCUCAACCAUUGAUCCAACAGGACAUGAUUUCAAAGCUAUUGUUCUUGAAUAUAGUGUUAACGGCGACCUGGGAAGUUGGCUCCAUCCAACAGUCCAUGAGGAUGGUCAGAGAAGGCCAUUGAGUUUCGGUACAAGAAUAGUAAUAGCAGUGGACAUAGCUGCUGCUUUGGAUUACCUCCAUAACCAAUGUGUGCCUCCUAUGGCACACUGCGAUCUGAAGCCUAGCAAUGUCCUUUUGGAUGAUUUCAUGGGCGCACGUGUUGGAGAUUUCGGGUUGGCUAAGUUCCUGCAUAGGUACACUUCUUCGGACAUUCAUACUUCUACAAGCUUAGUGGGGCCAAGAGGAUCAGUUGGAUACAUUGCCCCAGAAUAUGGAUUUGGGAGCAAAAUCUCCACUGAGGGCGAUGUAUUUAGCUAUGGAGUCAUCAUCUUAGAAAUGCUAACAGGAAAGCGUCCAACCGAUGAGAUGUUUAAAGAUGGCCUGACCCUUUACAAAUUUGUUGAAAAAUCAUUUCCUCAAAAGAUUGAGGAGAUUCUAGACCCUAGAAUAGUUCCAGGUUAUCGAGGUGAAGGUGAAGAUGCAGGCAGUAAUUCAGACCGGGAACCAAUGGUUGCAAUGAGCUGCAUCAUAAAGCUCAUGGAGCUUGGGUUGCUGUGCUCUGCAGACACACCUAAAGAUCGGCCAACUAUGCAGGACAUAUACAAUGAAGUUAUCGCAAUCAAAGAAUCAUUUCCAGCAUUGCAGGGCUGA